AUGGAUGAGGCGCUAAAAGUGACGUCCUGCGUCUUUCAAAGCGAUUCGGACCACAAGAAUCGACCCAUAUCGAGCCUACUUAAUUCUUCAAGUAGUAGUACAAGUGACACGGAUUUAAACGUUUUCAAGCACGAGAACGAUGACAAUUUUGGUGUCGAUAUGGUACCGAGAGAUCGAGCGAGUCUGGAGUCGGAAUUAUUACGAUUAAUUGCAUUAGAAGAACAACUAGAGAACGAGACAGCAGUGGAGUUUAUACAAGAAUGUGAUUUGUUAGUAGCGACACAUGAAAAACAAGUGAUUAGAGCUCAGGCAGCUCUCGAGAGACGACGGAUUGCAGCAUUUCAAGUCUUGGAAUAUGCACGUGAAAAAGCUCAAGAGACAUAUGCUCGUCGUUGUAUGGACGUUCAGAGAGACAUAAAUGUGGAUAUUGAACGAGAAUUAAGGAGAUUACAGACAGCUAAGGAUGGGGUGAGUGUCACAAGUCGACGACGUCGAACAGUGCGACACGAGACACGAGGAAAGUGUUUGAUGCCGGUUCAAGCAUCUGGAAAUAGUAUGAGGAGACGACGUACCAUGUACACUAGUGAUGGAGAUGAAGAGGGACCAGAAGAUGUCUUUUUGGCCUCGGCAUCGCCGGAAGAGAGAGCACAACGAGUACAAUUUCAGGAAAAAAAAACGUCUUGA